AUGGCUCCCAAUCCCACAGACAAGGCGGAGUGGGACAGCCACCGCGAUGAGAUCAGAACUCUCUGGCUCGAAAAUGGAUGGAAUGCGAAACAAAUCCAAAGCUACAUGGUGCAGAAGCAUUGUUUCAAUAGGAGUAUACGCGCCCAUUUCAAGAAAUGGGGGUUCAAGAAGAACCUCACCAAAUCAGACUGGAAUUUUGUUGCGUAUCGUCGAGAGAAGCGGAAGCGAGAAGGCAAAGAUCCUGGCGAGCUGUGGGCGAACGGGAAAGUAGUCCCUGAGCCAAAAGUGAGGAAGGAAAUGUCUCGCCACGUUAAGUUAUCAUCGCAGUACGCGGCGACACAAGACUUCGAGCCUCAAACUCCCGAGGGGAUUAUGGUGUGCACGCCACAGCCAAGCAUGGACGCCGAGGUCUUGAACCCACCUAACAGCGAUCUGCUGAAUUUGUGUCCCACUGCAAAUUUGAAUAUGAUGGGCUGUGAGAUCUCAAACGACCUCCUUGAUAUCAACUCGAACCUACCACCAGUCCAGUAUGACCCUUCUGAAGUGGACAUACCAAAUUUCUUCUUGCAAGGCAGUGGAACAUCAAUCGCAGCCCCAUAUCUUAGAGACUUACAUUUAGAUUACACUUUGCUCGGAUCCGACUUUGCUUCCUCGGCAUCCUCCCAAGAGUUGGUAGCUCGGAUUCAAGAAUGCUCCGAUCCAAUGGGCAGUGAGAUUCUUAAAGAGACUCGCUCAAUCCUUAUCCAGUCCGAUACAUUCGAUGAGAAUAACGCCAGUAGCUUUCUCUCUGCACUUGAGCCCAUCACGAUAGACGACGGCAAUGGUAGCUUGACCCAAAAGGCAGAGUUUAUGUUCAACUCGCCCGACUCUGAGAAGCUGUCUCUUUUUCUGCAUCUCUGCAUCUUCCUCUCUUCCAAUGACUUACUACCCCAGAAACCGACAGAGAACUUGGUACGGUUGAUCACAAAAAACCGCGCUCAUUCCAGACUCAAAGCCGUUAUCAGAUCGAAAAGCACGACAAUCGAGAUAUUCAUGAGCCAUCUGUUAGCUGGUGCAGCAGCAGUUGGGGACGUGGAGAUAUGCCGAAUUCUUAUUGAGGCUGGCGCAGAUAUAGAUGCUCCCAGUAGGCCAACUCUGCAGACGCCUCUUCAAUAUGCACUCCAUAAAGACAAUGUCGACGUUGCAAAAAUACUCCUCGAGGCCAGCGCAAACCCAAACUUUGCUGCAGUCGGUGGAGAGAGACCCCUUCAUAUUGCGUGCUGGCAUUGCAAAGGAUCUGAUUCUGUCAAGCUUUUGUUGCAGUACAAAGCUGAUGUGAACCUACCAACUUCUCGACUCACGCCUCUGCAGAUUGCCGCACGUCGCGCGAGACAUGACUUAGUGCGACUUCUUCUCGAUAAAAAGGCGGAUCCAAAUCUUACUUCGUCUCAUCAUGCCACGGCUCUACAAAUGGCAUGUUAUGCCAGCUCUGAUGCUGCGGUGGUGGAGCUCCUAGUAGCUGCUGGAGCGAACAUCGAUAUGAGGCCUGGGUAUGAUCUUCAAGCUGAGUCACGUUCAAGGCGCAAUGAUGUAGAUGUAAUUCCAACACGCUUCAGUCCUGCGAUCCUGAUAGCCGCGCAAUACGAAAAUUGGGAGACGGUUCAGCUGUUGCUGGAGGAAGGGGCUACGAUAAACAUUGACUGGAGCAAAUGCUCGUCAGCACUUCUUGAUGAAAAAAUGCAUGACAGUUGGACACCGGCUUUUAGCCCCCUUCACGCAGCUGUCAGGUCAGGAAAUAUCACCAUGGCUCGCAUGCUGUUGAGUGCUGGCGCGAACAUUGAUGCAAGACCGAGAGGAAUAUACGGCUAUACCGCUUUCCAAAUAUGUGCUACCACUGACAAUCAACGACUCAUUGAAAUUCUCCUGAGAAAAGGAGCGGAUAUCAAUGCUCGCGCUGGCGACUACCUUGGAGAGACUGCGCUCCAGGCCGCUACUAAACAUUUUGAUGUCAGUGUUCUGAGCUUCUUAAUCAAAGAGGGUGCAGAUCCUAACGCCUUACCUGCAAAGCGAAACGGGUUGACUGCUUUGCAGGCAGCUGUUAAGGCUGCAAACGUGGAGGCAGUUCAACUUCUACUGGAUGCGAAUGCGGCUGUCAACACAGACCCAAAAUUGACUGGUGGGGUCACGGCAAUCGGUCUUGCAUUCAAUGUUGAAGAAGAGGUAGCGAGAAAUGAGAUCGUUCAUCUGCUCAGGCAAGCUGGUGCACAUACCCAGGCAGCCCAAAGCCUUGAUAUCUCGUCAGGAUUUCUUCACUCCGCGGUCAGACGGCGCGACGUGAAAUCGGUGCAGAAUCUCCUAAAGAGAGGCGAAAAUCCAAAUGCAGGGGUUUGCAGCAUCACGAAGCGCACUCCACUACAACAAGCUUCUUACAGUGGAGAUGAGGCGUUAGUGCAUUUAUUAACGGAUUACGGAGCUCAUGUCAACGCUGCGCCCUGGCCAACUGAUGGAUAUACGGCUUUGCAGGCUGCAUCUGUUUGUGGCCAUACCGAUAUUGCAAAAUUGCUGCUGAAACUCGGUGCACAGAUCAAUUCGGCAAGAUCACGCGAAGGGAUAUCAGCAAUCGAGGGUGCUGUCAAGAGCCACAAUCUAGACAUCGUGCAGCUUUUCCUAGACAUGAUGCCUGAUGCUAUAUCAUCAGAUACCAUUUGUAAGGAUCGAAUAAUUGGUCUCUUUCUAAGCUCUGCAAAACGUGAGGAGGCCAUGGUGAAGCUCCUAAUCAAAGCAGGAGCAAAUGUUAAUGGUACUACGUCUUUUAAAAUACCAUUUUUACAAAAAGCAGUCUUUCAAGGCAACUGUGGAGUUAUUCGCUGCCUAAUUUCGGCAGGAGCUGAUUUGAAUCGACGCUGCGAAGACAUUCCAAGCGGACCUGCCACCUCGCUUCAGCAAGCGGCAUACUCAGGAGAUGUUGGUAUCGCUCAGUUACUACUUGAGAGUGGCGCGGACAUCAAUUCACCAGCGAAUAAUAUAGGUGGUUAUACAGCACUUCAGGCAGCAGUCCUGAAACAAGAUUGGACAAUGGUGAGGCUUUUGAUGUCUUUUGGCGUUGAUGUCAACGGUGCCCCCAGCCCAAAACGAGGGCGAACUGCGCUUCAAUGGGCCGUCACCAAGGGCUCUCUACCGCUCACGCAUUUCCUAAUCAGCAACGGAGCCGAUUUGAAUGCGCCACCUGCAUCUUUCCGAGGCUGCACAGCUUUGCAGGCAGCUACAAUUCAAGGCAAUAUUCGCAUUGUGCAGAUGCUUCUUGCUGCGGGAGUAUCUGUCAAUGAGGCGCCCGCCGCUGAGGAUGGGCGAAGUGCUACUGAAGCUGCGGCAGAGAACGGCAGACUUGAUACCCUCCACAUGCUUUUGAAUUCUUACCCCGACACGGAAGAUUUCGAUAUUGUGAGAAGGCGAGCCGCCAGACUGGCCCGCGCAAAUGGCCGAGUAGCUAUCGAGAGGUUUCUGUUGGCUUACCGCAAAGUGUCUUGGAAAAAGUGA